UGUUAUCUAUCUUACACUACGUACUUUGUGAACUAUCUCUCUCACAAAAUUCAUUCCAAUUAAUUAUUUUACAAGUAUCCUAAGAUCGGCGUCAGACCAUUAAGUGCUAAUAUUAUCUUAUCAAAAUGUGAUGACCUUCUCCCCUUAAAUUUUGUAAAGCAGUGGCUAUUAUUUUCAGAGUCCUAACCUCACUGUUAAUACACAGUGUAAUUUAUUAUAAUUUUUUAAAAACUAAUAAGUUUUGAUUCCUUAAGUUGUGACUUUAUAUUUUAGUUUCAUUUAAGAAUGUCGCAUCUUGCGAUAGAGCUUUCCAAAAUGGGUAGAUGUUUUAGUUUACUUCUCAGAAAUAGGGCUAUCUCAAAAUAUAAACUUAAAAGUAGAACAACUAUUAAUUCACAUCUUGAAAAUAGACUUGUAGUGAAUUUCUAUAGUUCUAAACCACCUGAUGAUGAAGACAACCCAAUAAAGAGGGCUUUUAGGGUGUUGAAAGGUGACUUAAAGUAUACAUUAGAUUUGGUUGACGGUAAUCUCAGAGAAGAAGAUUUAGGAAGAAGAAAUUUGAUUCCAAAUCACUGUGAUGUUUUAAUUGUUGGGGGAGGUGUUAUAGGCUCUUCAAUUGCUUAUUGGCUGAAAAAGCGAGCACUUAAUGGUCUGAGCGUCAUCGUGUUAGAGAAAGAUCCAUCGGUAAUAAAUUUUAAUGCUAGUGAUAAUGAGUAUGCACACUGUUCGACUGUAUUGUCAUGUGGGGGUGUGCGGCAGCAGUUUUCAUUGCCUGAGAACAUCGAAAUGUCUAUGUUUGGAGCAGACUUUCUUCGCAACAUCAAAGAAUAUCUUGGAAUUGAAGGCCAGGACGCACCUGAUGUACAGUUUACACCGCAAGGCUAUUUAUUUCUUGCAACGCAAAAAGGUGCCCACAUACUUGAAGAAAAUUCAAAAAUUCAAAAAUCUUUGGGUGCCAAGGUGGAGCUUUUGAGUCAAAAAGUGCUGCAAAAAAGAUUUCCUUGGAUGAACACUGAAGACGUGGCUUUAGGCUGCCAUGGUUUGGAAAAUGAAGGAUGGUUCGACCCUUGGAGUUUACUCAUGGCAUUUAAGAAGAAAGCCUUGUUUUUGGGAGCUGAUUAUUUAAACGCUGAAUUGGAGAGUUUUGAUUUCAAACAAGAGCCUUUUGUCUUUGUUGACACGGCCCCUGUUGGUGAAUAUGUUGGACUCAACAAGGCAACUGUUAAGCUGCCCAGUGGGGAGAAGAAGCAGAUUGAAUUUUCCCAGCUGAUUAUUGCUUCAGGAUAUCAUUCAGGACAAGUCGGCAAACUGGCUAGGAUGGGGGAAGGUUCAGGGUACUUAGAACUGCCUAUCCCCGUUGAACCGAGAAAGCGAUAUGUAUAUUGCUUCCACUGUCCCGACGGUCCUGGGCUGCAAGCUCCUUUUUUGAUCGAUCCAAGUGGAAUGUAUUUCAGGAGGGAAGGUUUAGGUAACAACUACAUCUGUGGCCGAUCCCCCGACGCUGGCAAAGAACCCAGCUGUGAUAAUCUUGACGUUGACUACAACUUUUUUGAAGAAGAAGUCUGGCCUUAUCUCGCCCAAAGAGUUCCUGCUUUCGAAAAUAUUAAGGUGAAGUCAGCAUGGGCUGGAUUUUAUGACUUCAACACAUUUGAUGAAAAUGCCUUUGUUGGACCCCAUCCGUCCUACAACAACGUGUUCAUAGCUACAGGAUUCAGUGGUCAUGGGCUUCAGCAGGCCCCAGCGAUCGGUCGAGCCAUGAUGGAGCUCAUUGUGGACGGACGUUUCACCACGAUUGAUCUUACGAGGAUGCAAUUUGAGAGGAUCUUUCAUGAAGAGUACCUCUUGGAGACAAAUAUUGUCUGAGAGUUUGUGUUGUAGGAAAGUAUAGUUGUGGACUUGUUGCUGUACUGAACCGAAACCCUUGGUAAGACUUGCUCCCCAUCCCCAGUUUCAUCAACAAUACUGCCUUACUGUAGUGAAAAAGUGUCGCGUAACAGUUGUACAAGUUCAGUAAAAUGUUAUACUUAAGAGAAGGCACUACUUUAUCAAGAUAUUGUUGCCAGAUUUGACCUUAAACAAAAAACCUCCCAUAUACAAUCUACAUCUCUCUACAUGUUGAAAAGUCAUUGGCUAGUAGUUAAGUUCUUAUUGCUUGUUAAUGAUGAACUAAAGUUACCAUUUUGCCUUAUAGCCUGCCUCUAAAAGUGACCCAAAAUAUGCAUUUCCUCUAUACACAUGGAAAAUACAAGGUAAAAACUUGGAUGACUGUUACAGUCCAUACCGCAAAACAAAGAGCUUUUUAGGUAUAUAAGUCCAAUCCUCAUAAUUUGUGAGGCUGACAAAAUAUAAGUGAAACCUAAAAAGAUAUGUAGCCUAACUGUAUCUUUCUUGAUUUUUUAUACUAGCCCUUGAUUUUUGUUGCCAUAUUUAUAAGUUUAUGAAAUUGUAAAUAAAUUUAUAUAGUUUA